GGCUUAGUCCCUCGCCGGCCAGUCUGGGCAGCGGAGGAGGGAGGUUGGCAGAGACUGGAGGCUUAGCUAUGGGAAGUUGCUCCUUUGCUCUUUCGCGCCCAUCCCUCCUCCCUGGUUCUCCGCAGCCGCUGUCGGAGGAGAGCACGCGGAGGCGCGGGCUGCAACCGCGGCUACCUCUGCCGGUCCCGGCGGCCGCGCAGCUGGGCAGGUGCUGAGCGUCUCCGGAGCCUCCUGCACCACCUCCCUCCUCUUCCCGGCUGCCGCAGUGCCCAUGGGGUGUUGGAGGUAGAUGGGCUCCCGGCCCGGGAGGCGGCGGUGGAUGCGGCGCUGGGCAGAAGCACCCGCCGAUUCCAGCUGCCGGGUGGCCGCGCGCCCCGGGCGCCCCUGCGAGCCGCCGGCUCAGUCAUGGGGUCCUCUGCGAGCAGCAGCACCGCCAGCCUCGCCUCCUGCAGCCGCAUCGUCGGCGGAGCCGGAGCCACGAUGAUCGCGGGCUCCCUUCUCCUGCUUGGAUUUCUUAGCACCACCACCGCUCAGCCAGAACAGAAGGCCCCAAAUCUCAUUGGCACAUACCGCCAUGUUGACCGUGCCACUGGCCAGGUGCUAACCUGUGACAAAUGUCCAGCAGGAACCUAUGUGUCUGAGCACUGUACCAGCACAAGCCUGCGUGUCUGCAGCAGUUGCCCCAUGGGCACCUUUACCAGGCAUGAGAAUGGCAUUGAGAAAUGCCAUGACUGUAGUCAGCCAUGCCCAUGGCCAAUGAUUGAGAAAUUACCCUGUGCUGCCUUUACUGACCGAGAAUGCACUUGCCCACCUGGCAUGUUCCAGUCUAACGCUACCUGCGCCCCCCACACGGUGUGUCCUGUGGGUUGGGGUGUGCGGAAGAAAGGGACAGAGAUGGAGGAUGUACGGUGUAAGCAGUGCGCUCGGGGUACCUUCUCUGAUGUGCCUUCUAGUGUGAUGAAAUGUAAAGCGUAUACAGACUGUCUGAGUCAGAACCUGGUGGUGAUCAAGCCGGGGACCAAGGAGGCAGACAACGUCUGUGGCGCACUCCCGUCCUUCUCGAGCACGACCCCACCUUCCCCUGGCACAGCCAUCGUUUCACGCCCUGAGCACAUGGAAUCCCAUGAAGUCCUUUCCUCCACUUAUGUUCCCAAAGGCAUGAACUCCACAGAAUCCAACUCUUCUGCCUCUGUUAGACCAAAGGUACCAAGUGGCAUCCAGGAAGGGACAGUCCCUGACAACACAAGCUCAGCGAGGGGGGAGGAAGGUGAGAACAAGACUCUCUCAAACUUCCAGGUCAUCAACCACCAGCAAGGCCCCCACCACAGACACAUCCUGAAGCUGCUGCCGUCAUCCAUGGAGGCCACUGAGGGUGAGAAGUCCAGCACACCCAUCAAGGUUCCCAAGAGGGGCCAUCCCAGACAGACCCUACACAAGCAUUUUGACAUCAAUGAGCAUUUGCCCUGGAUGAUCGUGCUUUUCCUGCUGCUGGUGCUUGUGGUGAUAGUGGUGUGCAGUAUCCGGAAAAGCUCGAGGACUCUUAAAAAGGGCCCCCGGCAGGAUCCCAGCGCCAUUGUGGAAAAGGCAGGGCUGAAGAAAUCCGUGACCCCAACCCAGAACCGGGAGAAGUGGAUCUAUUACUGCAAUGGUCAUGGUAUUGACAUCCUGAAGCUCGUAGCAGCCCAGGUGGGAAGCCAGUGGAAGGAUAUCUAUCAGUUUCUGUGCAAUGCGAGUGAGAGGGAGGUGGCUGCCUUCUCCAACGGGUACACAGCAGACCACGAGCGGGCCUACGCAGCUCUGCAGCACUGGACCAUCCGGGGGCCAGAGGCCAGCCUUGCUCAGUUAAUCAGUGCCCUGCGCCAACAUCGGCGCAACGAUGUUGUGGAGAAGAUUCGUGGACUGAUGGAAGAUACCGCCCAGCUGGAAACUGACAAACUGGCCCUCCCGACCAGCCCCGGCCCACUUAGCCCGAGCCCCAUUCCCAGCCCCAACGGGAAACUUGAGAAUUCCACCCUCCUGACGGUGGAGCCUUCCCCCCUGGAUAAGAACAAGGGCUUCUUCGUGGAUGAGUCUGAACCCCUUCUUCGCUGUGACUCCACAUCCAGCGGCUCCUCCGCGCUGAGCAGGAAUGGCUCCUUUAUUACCAAAGAAAAGAAGGACACAGUGCUGCGGCAGGUACGCCUGGACCCCUGCGACUUGCAGCCUAUCUUUGAUGAUAUGCUCCACAUCCUGAAUCCGGAGGAGUUGCGGGUAAUCGAAGAGAUCCCCCAGGCUGAGGACAAACUGGACCGGCUAUUUGAGAUCAUUGGCGUCAAGAGCCAGGAAGCCAGCCAGACCCUCCUGGACUCUGUUUAUAGCCAUCUUCCUGACCUAUUGUAGAACACUAGGGAUACUGCACUCUGGAAUAUUUGCUCAAUUUAGUGGCAGGGUGGUUUUAUUUUUUGGUUUUUCUUUUUGUUUUUUGGUGUGCGUGUGUGUGUUUAACAAUAUAUGGCCAGUGUUUGAGUUCUUUUUUUUUUUUUUUAAACCUUUCUGGGAAGUUAGUUUAUAAGCCGUUUUUUUAAGGUGUAACCGUUGCAAAAUACCUACCACUAAAGUUUUUUUUUUUUUUUCAAGUUCCGUAUUUCUCUGUUUUGCCUUCUUACGUAUUUUCAGAAUUGUUCUGUGCACUUUAAAUUCCCUUAACUUACUCUAACGCAGUGUGACUUUUCCUGCACACUGGCUUGUGAGGUUCUUAAAAGUGUAAUGACAUCAUGUGAAUUCUAUAAGCAGUCUUCAUGUCUCUCAACAGCCACACCUACUUUUUUUUUUUUAAUUAUUACUACUAUCAUCAUUAUUAUUUGUCAUUUACAGAUUUUCUGAAGGGUUAAGACCCCGUUGAGUUACUGUACUGCACUUAGAUUUUAAGUUAUCUUUUUAAUGUCUUGUUAUAUAGUCAUGACUGAAACUUGACCACACUAUUGCUGAUUGUAUGGUUUUCACCUGGACACCAUGUAGCAUGCUGGAUUACUUGUGUUUCUCUUCUGCCAAUAUGCUCUGGGCUGGAAAAAGGAAGUCCUCAAGCCAUCGGGACUUGCUGUUUAAGUGGCUUACCAGCGAGGCCACGAAAGAAUUUGACCUUCAUCUUUUAGGGAUUGAGCUGUUUGGGAAUAUAUUGCUAUACUUUGAAAAGUCACAAGUGAAUCCCAGUGGCACCUUUUCCAUAGAGAAUUUGCCCAGCUUUGCUUUAAAAGAUGUUUUUGUUUUUUUUAUACACACAUAGUCAAAUAGGUCCAGUCUGUCCUCAAGGCCUGGGUCUUGGUGGGUUUACUUCAUCCUUCCGUCACUUUAAUUAAAAAUGGCUGCCGCUGUAAGAACUCUCGUCUGAUAUAUUUGCAACGAUGCUCACGUUUAUAAACAUACCGUCUAAUGCUCCGUUUUGAGAUUCUCAUGCAAGGGUGGUGUGGACUACCUUUGUGUGGGCCGGGCUUGGAGGGUAGUGGUGAGGGACUGAUAUCAGAAAAAUGCCUUCAAGUGUACUAAUUUAUUAAUAAAUAUUAGGUGUUUGUUACUUG